AUUAGCAAAUUCAAAUUCAAAAUUGACGUAAUUUCUGAGAGGUUCAUUAUGUUACUUUUUAUAUUGUACAUUUAUUAUUUGAAUAACUAAUAAUAUUAAAUAAAAUGGCUUGGGUGGAUGUUGUUUCAAAAGAUCUUACGAUUCCUGUUGAGUAUUUGAAGUCAACCAGCAACUCCAAGAGAUUUCUCGCUAAUGUGCAUCGUAUUUGGUUUAGGUAAUUAUUAAUAUACAGUUUAGCGAUUGUAAACUAAUGUUCUGUAUUAUUUUGUUUAAUAGAGAUUUCUUGAAUGGAAUUUAUCGUCCGUUCUUACAUCACGAGAUAUUUACAAAUGAUGAUGUCCGUGCAAAAGUUCAACAAAUUGAGAGUUUGGGCGAUACAUGGAUAUAUGUUUUCAUAACUGUAAAUAUAAAAACAUCAUAGCCGUAGAGUUUUUAUUUUUCAAGUUUAAAUCUCUUUAGGUUUUACAAAAGUCAGAUAAAUCUGUGAUUCCUUUGGCACGGAGACACGAAACUGUACAUUUUGAUAAGGAUUUAAGUUACUCGCAACAAUUACAAUAUGUAACCGUAACAAAUAGGAAAAAUUUAUGGAAAGAAGCGUACAAAAAAUAUGGCAAGUUAUAUUUUUUAAUUUUAUUAUAAACUUGUUAAUAUACUAUAAUAGUGGUUAUCAAACUGUGCACCAAGGUGUCCUAAGUGUAUCGCAAGUACUUUCCAGAAAUACUGUGAUUUAUACAAAUUAUUUAUAAUUUAUUGUAUUUUUUUUUUUUUAAUUUUUGUUAAUUUCAAAUUGAGUCUUAUAAAAAUAAAAAAGGAUUAUGUCGGUUGUAUGUUUGGAAUACUUAUAUUUUAUUAUGUUCAGUAAAAUUACAAAAAUUAUAAAUUGUUCUAUAGCAAUAUUUAAUUAAAUCAUUAAGGAUUAUUUUAAUUUUUUUCUAGAUGGUUUCUUUUGUAGAGAAGCAUCAGUUUCCUCAAAUUUAUGUUUAUGCCCGCAUGAUACCGUGAUACGAGAUAUACUUGCGCGUUUCUAUAACUGCCCAAUAGUUAAUUUACGAGAAAGUUCAAGUAAAAUAUCUUUAAUAACUGAAAAUGAGUCUCAUUGUAACAUCUUACCAGCCAAUUUAGUUUUUGAAACUAAUAAAUAUUUUUAUGUAUUACAGGUACAAAAUUGUUUAAUAUAUUUUUGAUUUAAAUAUUUGUAUAGUAAUUUAUUUUAUUUCUUUUUAGGAAACAAAUAAUGUGCAUUCAUUUCAAGACUGUAUAAAUUACAGUCCAGCGUUAUUAAAAUCUAGUCAUGCUCGUCCAUUAUUUGUAUUGUAUCAACUUUUAAAUGCAAUGCAAAAUACCCAUGACCAAGGACUUGUGCUUGGCGAUAUUACUUUGUCUGAUAUCAUUGUUUCUCCUGAAUUAUGGAUUCGAGUAAGUUAAUUGUAAUUCUUUAUUAUUUUAUUCUAAAAUGUUUAGGACUGUACUACCUAUUCUAUAAAUUAUUUUGUUUUAGGUUCUACCAAGAAUCACCGAUAAUAUUUCAGACUCUGAUGAAUUUGAUAAUAGUUUUGAAAAAACGGUAAAAACAUCAAUUUUUGAGAAUUUGGCAGAAACAUGUGAACAAUGGGUCCGUGGAAACAUUUCUAACUUUGAUUAUAUUACAUUCCUGAAUAAGCUGGCUGGUAGAAAAUAUGGCGACCCGAAAUGUCAUCAUGUAUUUCCUUGGGUGACUGACUUUAGCUCUCGAGCUGGUCUCAAUUAUCGCGAUCUCACAAAAUCAAAGUAUAGACUAAAUAAAGGGGACAGACAAUUAGAUUUGACUUUUGAUAUUGAAGAUGAGAAAACUUCAAUUCUGGUACUUGUUAUUUCGUUUAUUAUUAAUUUUGUAAUUUACAUAGACAAUAUAUGUUUUAUAAAAUUUUGAUGUUGUAGACUCCACAUCAUGUUCCUGACAUUUUAUCUGAAAUAACAUAUUAUGUAUAUCGAUCUCGAGUAACUCCCCAAUCGGUUCUUUGUCGUUAUAUUAGAACAAAAUUUGUGCCUGAAGAAUACCCUUCAAGUAUACAGCGCAUGCAACAAUGGUCUCCAGAUGAAUGUAUACCAGAAUUUUUUACUGAUCCAUCUGUUUUUAAAGUAUUUUUAUAUUUUAAAGAUAUACUAUAUAUUAUAAUAAAGUAUUAAAAAUGUGUUCUUUAAAAUAUUUAUUAGUCUAUACAUAAAGAACUACCCGAUUUGAGUAUUCCUACAUGGGCAGAGAAUGUACAAGACUUGGUAGAUACACAUAGAGCCAUAUUAGAAAGUAAAUAUAUUUCUGAACGUUUACAUCAUUGGAUUGAUUUAACAUUUGGAUACAAGUAAAAUGUUAACUUAUUAUAAAUUAAAUAUUAUUUUCAAUAAUCACUGAACAUUUUCAUUUUUAGAUUAUCUGGUUUGGCUGCAGUAAAAUCAAAAAACGUGUGUCUUCAACUGUGCGAUAAUCAUACAUAUCUGUCGACAUCUGGAAUAGUACAACUAUUCACACAGCCUCAUCCCCAGAGACUAUUACCAUCACCUUAUUUUUCAAGUGUUCCUCCCAUUAUGCCAAAAUUAAGUAAGUUUUAAAUUCUGAAUUAAUGUAUUCUUUACUUGAUUUACUAAUUAUACUAUAUUUUAUUUUUGAAUUAUAAUUAUAAUUUAGAAACACCUCCAAUAAUUGAGGAUCAAUCUCCUAAUACAUCUGCAGAUAAUGGUACACCUGGGAAUGGAUUCAUAAAAUAUUUAGACUUAUCUAAUAUACCGCUCUGUGUAAGUGUUAAUGAAUAUAUCUUAAUUAAUUAAUUAAUUCUAGUACUAAGGUAAUAAAUUAAUUUUACUGUACUAAACAAUAAUUAUUUAUGGUGUUAUCAAUAUUUUUAGCUACCACCAGAUUAUAAUCCUGCAACGCCUUUAAUCGCUCUAGAUUCAUUAAAUAAUUUCCUGAACGGAUUAUGCGCUAAGACAUUAAAAACUCCUCUUAAGGAUUUUCGGGCAAAAGAUGUGAUGUCUUUUAAAAAAAUUAUAGCAAAUCGAAGAGCUCAAGAAAUUCAAGUAAUAAUUUAGUUUUAAUUAUAUAAUUAAACAAAAAUAUUCAAGUUAUAUAAAAUUAUAAAAUAAUAUAUAAGUGAAAUAUCAGAUGUAUUAGUUUAACAAUGAACUUUAGCUAUUGUAAGUAAUUUAUUUAAAUGUAUAUAUUUAUAUGAUUUACGUAAAGAUAAUUUAAAAGUGUAUUUAUAAUUGUUUUAGCAUAGUUAUGAUAUUUUUUAUUAACUUUUACACUUUUCUUCUGUUCAUAAAUUAAUUUGCAUGUAUUAUUUGUUUUCAGGUUUUAGGUUGCAUAAUUGUAGAACUAUUUUUAGGAGACAAAGUUAUUGCCCAUGGAAGUAAUCUAUCAACGCUAUCCUUUUUAAAAAGAUUACAGAGCUGCCGUGUGAUAGCUUCAACGUACCAGAAAGAUCUUCCUGACUGUAUUCGACCAGUAAUCAAAUUACUACUUCAAAUUGAUAAAAUCCCUUUAAAUGAAACUCCCUCUCCAUUCGAUUUUAACUGGUGCUCUGUCAUAACAGAUAAUGGACUCCCACCACCUACACCUCAUCAACUGCUUAUUCCAUCUCUCUCAUCUUCUAUUUUGAGAUUUCCCAAAUAUUUUUCUAAUAUACACAAUAUUUUGAGAAUUCAUUAUGAUUAUAAAGUAGUAAAAUCUGAAAUGGAAAGUGUUAAAAACUUAUUGGAAGAAAACCAAAAGUUUACUCUCGAUAUGUUUGAUGCAGUAUGCGUUAAACUUGUAAUGGAUAUUGAACAAGAAAUGUGUGCGUUUAAUGAAUCUGGAACACUUGGAUUACUGGCAGACAGCACUUGGAUAGAAUUUUUGGUCCCUAUGGUUAUUGAACUUUUGUCUGAUUCCAACUGUAAUACUUUAGCAGCUUUGCAUUUAUUAGAGCCGUCAUUUAAAGCUUUGGGUAUGCAAAAAUCUAAGGAAUUACUUCUUGACAAUGUAACUAAAUUAUACGAAGAAUGUUUGAAAGAUAUUGGUCAAGAUAAUAUUCCUGUAAAUCAUAAAUGGAUUAAACUUUAUCAAAAAUCAUUUUUAAUGAAAUUGAUUUCUGGUUUUGGAACUAGUAUAUUCUUAAAACAUGUUGUACCAAUACUUGUUGAAACAGUUGGAUCUGGGUGUAAUUUCAACAGAGCACAUCCAAUUCCAAUACAAUAUCUUAAGUAUGUUUUAGAAUUAUUAUAAUUAUCUAAUAUUUUGUGAAUUAAAUGUACUUUUUACAGUGAUCUUUGUGGUACAUUUCCAUCAUCUGAUGAUAAUCACUCAACUUCUAUCUCGGGAACUAAUGAAGUUAACGUGAUGGAAAAUGGUAUUUCAUACUUAUUAUGCCAUAAUUAAUAUAGGUAUAAUAUAGCAAAUUAAUUAAUUGUAUUAAUCAAUUGCUAUAGACACAUUAUCUCUAGACGAUGAAGCUUUGACAAAUAGUAUAGUUUCACUUCAAGAUGUUUUGUUGGAUGAUCAAGAUGUUGUAAUUGACUAUGAUAGACAAAGUGCUGAUACUAAUUUGAGCGACGACAAGAGUUUGGGUGAUAUUACAAUUGACUCUGCAGAAGAUGGAGAGGAUAUAUCUCCAUCUUGCCACACACCUGAUUCAGAAAAAUUAUACGGCCAAGAACAUUUAAAGGUUAUAUUAUUAACACUAUUUAACAAAUAUGUUUGUGUUCUUUAUACAAUUUAAAAUAUUAAUUAUUAUUUUAUAUUUAAGAUAUCAGAAGUCGGUGCAGAUUCAUUAGUGUGGGUUUCUAAUCGAAUAGGCCCAGUACAUACUUCUAUGUAUAUUACAAAAAAUUUACUAAAAAUGUUAAUGUUGUGUUACUCAGAUUCAUUACAAAACGAUGACAAAGCAAUAAUGGUUAUUAAUUGUUUAAUGAGCAUUGCAGGCAAUACGAAUAAUAUUUAUUAUUUAAUUACAUCAAAGAAAAUAAUUAAACAAGUACCUAUACAAUAAUAAUAAAAUACAAAUUUUAGGUAUUUAUGGCGAACAAGUUAUUCGAGUUCAAUAUUUACCGCACAUAACUGAUGUAGUGUCGUCAUGUAAACAUAACAAAAUGACUUUAAGUUUAGAAAGUGGUCUCAUUGGGUGUAUAACAUUGUUGAAGUUUCUAAUGUCUUAUUUUACCAAAUCAACACUCAACGAAAUCAGUCAAGUAUGUUGUAUGAAUUGUAUAAUAUUGCCGUUUUUUUUUCUUUGAUUUUAUAUCAUUUUGUUAUUGCAGUUCAGCUGUUAAUAAUUAACAUGUAACAGUAUAGAGAUUAAAUUAUAAUAUGUAAAAAAUCACUAAAUGCUUUUAUGUAAUUAAUAACAAACUUUUUUUUUCUUAAGGAUAUUUUAUGUAAGGGAAUCAUUCAUCCAAUGCUAAGGAUUUUGUCAUCUCAUAAAGUUCUUUUUCCAUCAGGAGCAGCUAGUCGUAGUAAUUUUGCUACAAAACUGUUUGAAACAAUAUACUUUUUUGGUCUUAAACAAGGUCAUUUAAUUUCAAAAACUAUUCAAAGAUUGUUUUUAGUGUUUGAUAAAUUGAGACAUGUAGAUCCACUUAACAUGGCUGAUACUAAUUCAAGGUAAACACAUAUUAUAGUUUGCUGUUUGAAAAAAUUAAUUUGUAUUUUAUAUUAGUAGUUCUGACUUCUGAACUCUGUUAGAAUGUUAUUACAAAUAGUCCAAAAUUAGAGAAGAAAAUUGUAUAGCUUUGCACUAAUUUGGUUUUUUUUAUUAAGACUUUAAAAUAGGUAUUGAUUUUUAAUUUUUAAUUAGUAUAUUAUUAGAUUUGUUUUUGUUGUGAUUUUUUUUUUUUUUAUCUAACCUUACCUAUUCCAAAUGGAUAAUGUAAUUGAAAAAAUACUUAUAUUUGUAUCUUAUAAUACAGGAGUCAAACCAUUGAACUAAAUAACAGUGAUUCUGGUGAUUCUCCUUCAACAAUUUGUACUACUGGAAAAUCAUUCAAAACAAAAGUCUGUAGAACUUUAUUUAUCUAUGAAAAUAUUAAUUAAGAUUGAUUAAGUUUUUUUUGUUAGACUAUGGAAGAACUUUGUAAAGUUUUAACACCUGAAUUAGCAUAUCAUUCAUAUACUUUAUUUGUGAAAUACUACGGAGAAUCAUUCAUGCAAAGAUCGUUGAUGAAUUGGGAUUAUAUUAAAGAACUGUGUGCCACAUAUAAAGAAGAAAGAGUAUAUUCUGGGUAUGCAAAUAUUGGUAUGUAAUAUUUUUUUAAGUUUUAACAUUUCUUAAUUAGUAAUAAUAAUAUAAAGUAAACUAUUAACAUACAUUUAUGUUAUUAUGUGUUUUUUAAUUUUAUAGUUGUUAGUCUAUAAUAUAUUGUAUAAUUUAUGAACUAUUAAUAUUUUAUAAAGUUUAAAAAGUAUUUGAUAUUUAUUGAUAUAAUUUUUGUUUAGAUUAUAAUGAAAGUACGAUAAAUUUUGAAGAACAACUAGGUGCACAUCUCACUCUUAAGGGUAACAAAAUUCAUUUUCAGGUAAUUUCAAAUUUGAUAUAUAUUUAUAAUUUUGUAAACCAUUCAGUUUUAGAUAAAUUUAUUACAUUUUGUUUUAUGAUUUAAUUAGGCGCACAACAUUAAAAAUAUAAUUUAAUGUUUAAAUUGUAGGAUGAAGAGAUUGAAGUAGCUGAAGAUGCUAAAUCUAUGGUGGAAUCAUCAAGGUAUAUUUAUUUAAGUAAUUAUUAUUAUAAAUAUUUAUUGUGAGAUACCUACUCAAUUCUAUUAAAUUAACUAAAAAAACAACUGACAUACUUUGUGUGUUAGGUGGGUUACUAUUGUAGAUAAGAAAUUGAAUGUACAUCUUUACACAACUAUUGAUCGUUGCUAACAAAAAACCAUUCUGAGCGGAGUUCGGUUAUACAUAUUUUUGAAAGGUCGUAAUAUUUAUGAUUUGCAAAUAAUAGGUUUUAUAAAUUUUCCCGUUUUUUUCCCAUUUAUUAUGAAAAUUCAUAAGAAAAUCAAAAAAAAUUUAAUUUCUUGAAUAUCACGCUAGUCAGAUUUUUUUUCAGAAAUAGUGCUACACUUGAAAAUCUGAGUAAAAUUUCCAGUAGAGAAGUUAUUCACAGGAAAAAAAAAUAUAAACAUCAUUAUAAAAUCAAAACACCUUGCUCCAUUCAGAAUCUAAAAUUGAAUGUCUACAAUAAGAAUUUAUAAUUACAAUAAAAAAUAUAAACACAUCUGCUCUUUCUUUUUUCUAUUUAGACAUUUAAGAGGAAACUGGUUAGCUUAUUGGGAACAUGCUAUUGGACGUAACAAUCGUGAUACUUGGUUUAAUUUUAAACAAAUCAAAUUACAAACUUUUAGUGGUCAUCAAUCGACUGUCAAAUCUUUGAGUGUACUUGAUAAUGAAAAUAGCUUUAUAAGUUCUAGUCGUGAUAAAACUGUUAAACUGUGGUCUUUAAGAAAUCAAGUAAGAAUAUUAUUUUGCGAUAGUAAUACUCGUGCAAUUUUAACGAUUGCGUUGGUAAUUCAUUAGUAUUUCAUUUAGGGCAAUGGUAAUGGUAUUUCACAAUGUCAAUACACUUACACCAGACACCGUAAAUCUGUAUUAUCAGUAGCAUAUUUAGAAAAAUUUCGAAUGGUUGCAUCUUGUGAUUCUUCCAUACAUAUUUGGGAUCCUUGGUGUGGUGGUCGUCUCUUGUCUUCUAUGAAUGGAGUUCCGGUAAAUAUUCUUAAAUGUCUACCUACACCGCAUCCAAAUAUAUUGGCUGCUUCUACACAGCCAACAUUACAUUCUAUUGAUCCUAGAAAUGGAAAGUCUGUUGCAGAACUUAAAGUAAAGACAAUAAUUUACUAUUAUUAUAUAUUGAUAAUGAUUAACUAAUUGUUUUAACUUAUAGAUUUCUGUUAAUGCUACUGGACUUAUAAGGAGCAUUGCUGUACCUACCAAUGCUCACUGGGUUGCUGUUGGUCAGUCAUCAGGUUAUUUAACUGUUAUUGACUUGCGGACUGGCCAAGCAUUGGCCAACUGGAAAGGACAUGAAGGAGAGGUGCAAUGAAUGAUAUAAAUCAUGCAAUAACUUUUGUUGGUUUCAUAAUUAUUUUAUAUCCUAUAGGUAUUACAAUUGUUAGCUGUUGAUUCAAAUACAAUUGUCAGUUCAUCUCUUGACCAGUCAUUAUCGGUUUGGAAUAUUUCAAAUGGAAAUCUAAUUUAUAAUAUGAGGUUAUACAUAAUUAUAUAUUUUAUACUAAUAAUGUUAAAUAUUUAUGCCAUUUUUAAAAUUACUUUAUAGAGGGUCUCCUGAACCAGUUCAUUGUUUGGGUCUUCAUGGAAAUGAAUUGAUCUCUGGUACUACAGCCAAUCGUAUUGGUAUUCAUACUGGUUUUACUAGUGAAGCAUCAUUUUCGUCAACAAAAAUUAGAACCGAUAUAUUCAAAGGAGUUUUAGCUACAAUGUCAGUACUAAGUCUUAAUCAAUUAUUACUACUUGGUGCCGAUAAUGGCAAUAUCACUCUUUUAUGCUGAAAAGAAUUAUAAGAGUUGAUAAUGCUAGUUAUUAUUCCACGACCAUUAUACAUUUACUAAUAUUAAUAUUUUUAAUAUUUUUAAUAUUCCUAUUUUUAUUAUUUAUUUUUUAUUUAUUGAUUAUAUGUACUAUAUAUUAUUAUGUAUUACUGCCAUUUUUAUCUACUGAUCCUUUUUGAUUUUAAUAUAAUUUUCACUCUUGAAAACUGUAUAAUUUACUUUCUAUAUUAUUGGAAAUUUUACUGAUAGUCAAUUAUCAAGUUGUAUAACACCUUAAAUUUGACUAAAAUAAUGCUUGGAUACUCCGUAUGACAGUAGGUUAUAAUUGUGUUAGUUCACAUCUGUCUUUGAGUAGAAUGAAUCUUUAUCAUUAAUAUAAUGUGUUUUUUUCUUAUCAAAUAUUAAAAUUGAAAGUGAAUUUGUUAUUCAACAAUAUUGACUUUUCUUUUUCCUGUUUUUGUAUUUCAUCUUGUUAACUGCAAAUUACAGGAAUAUUACCUACCUAUUUAGUAUUUUACACUGUAUUUACUAUCUUUGUUUAAUAUAAUAUGAAAAUAAUUUUAAUAGUAACAUAGUAUUCAAAUCUAUCAAUUAAUAAUGUGACAA